UGAAAUACGGGAGAAACCCGGGAAAAACGGGAGUGUUGACAGAGGUACGCUCAACAUGGGCUGCCGGUGUGAUACUGUGUGUGGGCUCAUCGUUGGGUCUGUGGUGGGGGCCCUGGUGGCUGUGUUUGGGGCGAUACUCAUGCCUGUGGGGGACAAUAUCAUCGCGUCCACAGUGAAUAAGGAAGCUGUGCUUGAGCCUGGAACGACAGCCUAUGAGAACUUUGCGUCUGCUGGAAACCCUUUUUACAGGCAGUUUUGGCUGUAUGAUGUAUUAAAUGCAGCAGGAGUGGUGGAAUUGGGAGAGAAGCCUGAAGUGAAAGAGAGAGGACCAUACACAUACAGGACUCGUUACUUACCUAAAGAGAACAUCACAGCGCAUGAAAACCACACAGUGUCGUUCCUUCUGCCGGCAGGGGCCAUCUUUGAGCCCUCCAUGUCCGUGGGCCCAGAGGAGGAUGAGGUCACUGUCCUCAACCUGGGUGUGGCUGGUGCUUAUUCGUCUCUUGAUCACGGUCUUUUGAAUUUUUUGAUGCAAAGCACAAAUUCCUCACUCUUCCAGAGGAGGUCAGUCAAAGAAGUGUUAUGGGGAUACAGGGACCCCCUUCUUCUGUCAUCACUAGUCGGUGUCUUUUACCCGUACAACGGCACCUUUGAUGGGCCAUACAGCAUCUUCACGGGCAAGGAUGACAUCUCCAAAGUCUCAUUAAUAGACAAGUGGAACGAUCAAAGCACACUUUCAUUCUGGGACAACCCAUAUUGUGAUAUGAUCAAUGGCACAGAUGCUUCGUCCUUCCCUCCUUUUUUGGAUAAGAAGGAGCCUCUCUUUUUCUUCUCCUCGGACAUAUGCAGGUCUGUCAGUGCUGUAUACUCUGGAAGUCAUGAUUUGAUGGGGAUUGAUGUGUACCGCUACAAGCUACCCCCACGAACCCUGGCCUCUCCUGUAGAGAACCCAGACAACAUGUGCUUCUGCCGGGACGAGUUGGUCACCAGGAACUGCACCUUGGCUGGGGUGCUGGACGUCAGCUCCUGCAGAGGCUUCCCAGUCUACAUCUCCCUACCUCAUUUCCUGCAUGGCAGCGCACACCUGUCGCAAGCAGUGCAUGGCCUUAGCCCCAGUGAGGAGCACCACUUUACCUACCUGGAUGUGGAGCCGACCACUGGUUUCACCCUGCGGUUUGCCAAGAGGCUCCAAGUUAACAUGAUGUAUGGACCCUCAACAAAGAUCACGGCACUGCAACAUGUGAAAGACUACACCAUUUUCCCAGUGGUGUGGCUCAAUGAGACGGCCACCGUGGAUGAGGAAACAGCCGACAUGUUCAAGAAGGAGCUGGUGUCUCGAAUUGACCUGCUCGACAAUCUCCAGAUUGGACUGAUGUCUGUGGGCUCGGCCAUGUGUGUGCUCUGUGCAGUGGCUGCCUGCGUUGUCAAGAGAGGCCGGAAGAGGAAUAUAAUAGCAUGAUGGAGAUCAACCAACCAGAGAGAUAAACUGAUAAAGAGAAUGACUGCUGUCCACAGAAUGACUCUUUGAAAUGUCUGUCUGACACUGUAAGCUAUAUUUAAUUGUUUAUUAUAAUUGCUAUGUAUAACAGACCAUGUCAAGGAAAAUGGGUUUUGUGCAUUCUACAACAUUAUGAAGAGCUGUAUAAUAAGCAGGAUAAUGUAUAGAAUGCUGGUUAUUAUCAGGGAAAUAUUCCCUUAAGGGCGAAGCAAGUCCAGUUCACCCAGUCGGAACUUAUAUUCGCCGAUAAUGACCGGCGUUCUAUACAUUAUCCCUUACUUACAUGCAUUAGUGGAGAUAUUUGAAGGUCUUGUAAUCUAUCAGCAAUGGGCUCUGAUUUGUAAAGGAAGGAUAAAUUUUUCCAUGAUUACAGUGUUAUUUUAUAAAUUUCAGAACUAAUUUGUUAUCACGUAUUGUAUAUUGGAAAAUGUCAAUUUAAACAUAUUUGCUGUAGUGUUCAACUAAAAAAAGGCUUUUUCUUAUGUGCUUGUGAGUAAUUUUGUUUUGUUUUUCCUGUUGUUUAUUAGUAUGCUGGUGCAUAUGUUGAUGCUAUUUAAUACUUGAAUGUUAUAUUAAUACAGAAAAGAAAUAAACAAUAUAUGGAACUGUCUGUGAAACAUA